UCACCUGUUGAACUAUACUCGAGUUUAAUAACGAGCAAAAGAGUCAGAAAUUUUGCCACUAAACAUGGAAAUAGAAGAAGAGGAUUAAAGAAAAAAAGAAGCACAGAAAGCGAAGUAAGAGGAGGCAAAAGAACAGCAGAGAGGGCAAAGCAGGCGACAAUAAGCCAAAAAUGGCCUUCAUAUUCUCUCUCUCUUUCCCUUCACAAUCACAUCCCUGUUUCUGUUUUCCCUCCUCAUCCUUCGCUUCCAUUUCUCUUCUUUCCCUCUUUUCCAAUGCACUUUCUCCUCUUCCCUUUACUCUAACUGUGCUGCGCCAACGGCAUUGAUUCACAGUUUUUUGUUCCAUUGAUGGGUUUCCUCAGAUUUCUGCUUCUUCCCCUUCUGGGAUUCAUGGCGCUUCUUCUCCCCUGCUGCUGCAUUGCCGGAAAUGGCGUUUCCCCCCAACUCAACGACGACAUUCUCGGCCUCAUAGUCUUCAAAUCCGACCUCCACGACCCCUCUUCCUCUCUCGCCUCCUGGAAUGAGGAUGACGAAUCCCCAUGUUCCUGGCGCUUCGUUAAAUGCAACCCUGUUAGUGGCAGAGUUUCCGAAGUUUCGAUCGAUGGAUUGGGGUUGGCUGGGAGAAUCGGGAGAGGGCUGGAGAAAUUGCAGCAUCUCAAGGUAUUGUCACUCUCUAACAAUAAUUUCACCUCCAAUCUCAGCCCUGAGCUUGUUCUUCCCGCGAGUCUUGAGAGAGUUAAUUUCAGUCGCAAUGGUCUCUCUGGCCGGAUACCCAGUUCUGUAAUCGCCAUGUCCUCCGUUAGAUUUCUUGAUUUUUCUGAUAAUCUCUUCUCUGGGCCUCUUUCUGAUGAAAUGUUUAUCAACUGCUCGUCGCUUCAUUUUGUCUCGUUUGCAUCUAAUUUGCUUGAAGGCCCUGUCCCCAAGACGUUACUCACAAGGUGUUUGUAUUUAAACACUCUGAAUCUCUCCACCAAUCGGUUCUCCGGUAGCUUGGAUUUUGCUCCGGGGAUUUGGUCCUUGACAAGGCUCCGAACUCUGGAUCUUUCAAAUAAUGCCCUCUCUGGAUAUUUCCCACAAGGAAUCUCAGCCAUUCAUAACUUAAAAGAGCUCAAGCUGCAGAGCAACCAGUUUUCAGGGCCAUUGCCUUCAGAUUUAGGACUAUGCCCCCACUUGGGCUCAUUAGACGUCAGCCGAAACCGCCUCGCCGGACCGCUACCGGAGUCGAUGAGGCUCCUAACUUCCUUGACCUUCUUGGACAUAGGAUUCAACACGUUCUCCGGGGAGUUUCCACAGUGGAUUGGGAACAUGACCAGUUUGGAGUACGUGGAUUUCUACAGCAAUGGCUUCACUGGGAGCCUCCCUCUGGAAAUGGGUGGCCUGAGAUCUGUCAAAUUCAUGAGUUUCUCAAACAACAAGCUAUCCGGGAACAUCCCAAAGUCAUUGAUGGACUGUUCAAAGCUUUCUGUGAUCAAGCUUGGAGGAAACAGCUUCAAUGGCGGGCUGCCUGAGGGGCUGUUUGAACUGGGUUUGGAGGAGAUUGAUUUUUCUCACAACGAGCUCACUGGAUCAAUCCCAUCAGGAUCAAGUAGGCUGUAUGAGAGUCUUACAAGGUUGGAUUUGUCUAGGAACAAUUUGAAAGGGAAUUUUCCUGCAGAAAUGGGGUUGUAUAAGAAUUUGAGGUACUUGAAUCUGUCAUUGAACAAUUUGCAGGCAAAGAUUCCACCAGAAAUGGGGUUUUUUCAGAACUUGAGUGUGUUGGACCUCAGAAGCAGUGCUGUGUAUGGUGAAAUCCCUGGAGACUUGUGUGAUUCUGGGAGUUUGGGGAUUCUUCAGCUUGAUGGGAACUCGUUGAGUGGCCCAAUUCCUGAUCAGAUUGGGAACUGUCUCUCACUUUACUUGCUGAGUUUGUCCCACAACAAUCUUAGUGGAUCAAUUCCAAAGUCAAUCUCCAAGCUAAGCAAAUUAGAAAUUCUAAGACUAGAAUCAAAUGAACUAAGUGGAGAAAUACCCCAAGAACUUGGAGUUCUUCAAAAUCUUCUUGCUGUUAACAUUUCUUACAAUAGGCUCACAGGCAGGCUCCCAGUUGGUGGCAUUUUCCCAAGCUUGGACCAAAGUGCUUUGCAAGGUAACUUGGGAAUCUGCUCCCCUUUGCUUAAGGGACCUUGUAAAAUGAAUGUCCCUAAGCCCCUUGUUCUUGACCCCAAUGCCUAUCCCACACAAAUGGGUCCCCAAAGCAGCAGAAACAAGCCCUCUGAAUACUCUAAGCCUUCCCACCAUGUGUUCUUCAGUGUCUCUGCCGUUGUUGCCAUUUCUGCUGCCACUUUGAUUGCCAUUGGGGUUCUUGUGAUCACCUUGCUGAAUGUCUCGGCUCGGAGGAGAUCGCUUGCGUUUGUCGACAAUGCCCUGGAGAGUAUGUGCUCUAGCUCUUCGAAAUCGGGGACUGUGGCGGCUGGAAAGCUUAUCUUGUUUGAUUCGAGUUCGAGGGGGUCCCCAAACUGGGUUAGUAACCAUGAAGAGUUGCUCAAUAAGGCUUCGGAGAUUGGUGGGGGAGUUUUCGGAACGGUUUAUAAGGUUUCAUUGGGGGGAGAUGGAGGAGGAGGGAGAGUUGUGGCUAUCAAGAAGCUUGUGAAAUCAAACAUGAUCCAGAACCUGGAAGAUUUCGACCGGGAAAUUCGAAUUUUGGGGAAGGUCAAGCACCCGAAUCUGAUCAGCUUGAAGGGUUACUACUGGACUACUCAAACUCAGCUGUUGGUGAUGGAGUAUGCUCCCAAUGGAAGUCUUCAAACUCAACUCCAUGGAAGGCUUCCUUCAACUCCACCACUGUCUUGGGAAAACAGGUUCAAGAUUGUGCUUGGGACAGCCAAAGGACUUGCACAUCUACACCACUCAUUCCGCCCGCCAAUCGUUCACUACAAUCUCAAGCCAAGCAACAUCUUGCUUGACGACAACUUCAACCCGAAGAUCUGCGAUUACGGGCUGGCAAGGCUGCUAACAAAGCUCGACAAGCACGUCGUGAACAACAGAUUCCAGAGUGCAUUGGGGUAUGUUGCACCAGAGUUGGCAUGCCAGAGCAUAAGGGUGAACGAGAAAUGCGACGUACACGGGUUCGGGGUGAUGAUUCUGGAGAUCGUGACGGGACGGAGGCCGGUGGAGUAUGGAGAGGACAAUGUGGUGAUCUUGACAGACCAUGUGAGGUAUUUGCUUGAGAGGGGAAAUGUGUUGGAGUGUAUAGACGCAAGCAUGGGUGAAUAUUUAGAAGAUGAAGUUGUGCCAAUUCUGAAACUGGCUUUGGUUUGCACUUCUCAAAUUCCUUCAAGCAGGCCUUCAAUGGCGGAAGUGGUGCAGAUUCUACAGGUCAUACAGGCUCCAGUUCCACAGAGAAUAGAAGCAUUUUGAAUUUGAAAUGUGAUGUUUAUUUUUCUUGUCUCUUUGAAGUUAUAAUGGAUUGUUGUUUAGUAGUGGACUUUUGUUUUUUUCUUUUUAAUUCUUUGUUUUUAGUUGGUGACGUGAAUUAACUUAAUGAUUUUGUAAUUUUGCCUUAUCCAAGAUGAAAAAGCUUGAAGAAUAAAAUGGCGAUUUUAAAAUUAUGUGAA